AUGGAAAUAACUUGCUCCUCCGAACCUUGCUUAAAGUGCAUAAAUAGGAAAGAAAUGAUAUUUGUAGGAAUAUGUGCAUUUCUUAGGACACUUGCUGUAUUGGCAUCACCGUUGUUGCUCUAUGCCUUUGUGCAAUACACCAACGACGAGCACAAACACAGAUCGAAAGGUUUGAUUCUUGUGGGAUGCCUAGCAGGCAUCAAGUUCAUGGAAUCUUUGUCACAAAGGCAAUGGUACUUCAACUCAAGAAGGUCGGCCAUAAUGGUUGCAAUCUACCGAAAGCAGCUGCAACUAUCUAGUUUGGGAAGAAGGCGGCACUCCACUGGUGAGAUCAUGAGCUACAUAGCAGUUGAUGCAUAUAGAAUGGGGGAUACGCUGUGGUGGUUUCACAUGGCAUGGAGUCUUGUUCUGCAACUAUUUCUUGCCAUUGGAAUUCUUUUCAAAGUUGUUAGUCUUGGAGCACUGCCUGCGCAAGAUGCACGAUUAAGGGCAACCAUGGAGAUCUUAAACAACGUGAAAAUCAUCAAGUUGCAAUCAUGGGAAGAUGAAUUCAGAGAAGUUAUUGAUUCGCUAAGAGUGGUCUUCAUUGGAUGUGUGCUAACAAGAAGUGCUCCACUCAAUGCUGCCACUAUCUUCACAGUCUUGGUAACCUUGCGAGGCAUGUCAGAGCCGAUGAGAUGGAUCCCUGAGGCGCUCUACAAUUGCAUCGAAAUACAAGAAGGUAAUUAUAGUUGGGAACCAGAAUUAGAUGUUCUAACAUUAAAAGACAUCAACAUGGAAGCCAAAAUGGGGCAGAAAGUUGCAAUUUGGGGUCCAGUUUGUUGCGGGAAAUCAUCACUCCUACAUGCUGUUCUUGGAGAGAUUUCGAAGAUUUCAGGAUCAAGCGGGACAGUUCGCGAUAACAUACUCUGCGGAAAGCCAAUGGAUCGGACCAGAUAUGAUAAGAUUAUAAAAGCAUGUGCAUUAGAAAAGGACCUUAGCAGUUUCAACCACGGUGAUCUUACAGAGAUUGGAGAAAGAGGGAUUAAUUUAAGUGGUGGACAGAAACAGAGAAUUCAAGUUGCUAGAGCAGUCUACAAUGAUGCUAAUAUUUACCUUCUCGAUGACCCUUUCAGUGCAGUGGAUGCACAUACAGCUGCAGUCCUUUUCAAUGACUGUGUCUUAGAUGCUCUCAAAGAUAAAACUGUCAUUUUAGUGACUCAUCAAGUUGAUUUCCUGACAAAAUCUGAUAAAAAUCUGUUUAUGGAAGCUGGACAGAUAAUUCAAUCAGGAGGCUAUGAGGAAUUGCUAACUGUGGGGACUGCAUUCAAACAACUCGUAAAUGCUCAUAAAAAUGCAGUCACUGAUCAAUGUGUCUCUUCAGACUACGGAAACAGAAACAAAACGAAAGCUCUAAAUUCUGAUAUAUGCCAGUCUGAGGACUUUAGUGAGGGCUGCCCCCCUAAAGAAAAUACUGACAAGGAAUAG